AUGUCAGGAGGUAAAGCACACGGUGGUAAAGGUAAGACAGGUGGUGAUUCAGCUGCUUUAGGGGCUCAAUCAUCUUCAGCUAGAGCAGGUUUACAAUUCCCAGUCGGUAGAAUUAAGCGUUAUUUGAAGAGAAACGCUAGCGGUAAAGUUAGAGUCGGAUCUAAAGCUGCCAUAUAUUUAACUGCUGUCUUAGAAUAUUUGACCGCUGAAGUAUUAGAAUUAGCAGGUAAUGCCGCUAAAGAUUUAAAAGUUAAAAGAAUUACACCAAGACAUUUACAAUUAGCUAUCAGAGGUGAUGAUGAAUUGGAUUCUUUGAUUAGAGCUACUAUUGCAUCUGGUGGUGUCUUACCACAUAUUAAUAAAGCUUUAUUAUUGAAAGUUGAAAAAAAGACUAGAAAGUAA